UGUGUUGGCACCUUUAUAAAAAGAAAGACGCUCACAUAAAUACAAGUAACAAUGCGCGGUCGUCAUUUGCGUCGACGCUUCAGCUUGCAGCCAUCGUUUAUGAAGGAUGAGAGCGCCGAGGAUAAGCCGAAACGUGACAAAGUUGGUCGGCAUAAUGCUGUGGACGAUGCCAUCGGACCGGCAAAUGCACGCCACAAAAUCGUUGUCAUGGGCGCAGCCAAAGUGGGUAAAACGUCCAUAAUCACACAGUUUCUGUAUAACACAUUCACCACCAAGUACAAAAGGACAAUCGAGGAGAUGCAUCAGGGGAACUUUUCAAUUGCGGGCGUUAGUCUAACGCUGGAUAUACUCGACACCGCUGGAUCCUAUGAGUUCCCGGCAAUGCGCGCACUCUCCAUAUCAUCGGCGGACGCCUUCAUCCUUGUCUAUGAUGUCACCGAUGCGGGCACCUUCGAGGAGGUGCGCGCCAUACGCGAUCAAAUCCACGAAACCAAAUCAACUACAGCCGUUCCCAUUGUGGUGGUGGGCAAUAAAAUUGAUCUGUUAGCCGAGGAUGGCGACUUGCGAGAGGUCGAAUAUGCUACAACCGAGUCUGUUGUCACGGUUGAUUGGGAGAAUGGAUUUGUAGAGGCGUCGGCAGCGAAAAACGAGAACAUAACACAGGUUUUCAAGGAACUACUGGCCCAGGCCAAAAUCACCUACAAUCUGAGCCCGGCGUUGCGUCGUCGCCGCCAGUCGUUGCCCCAGCAAAUUGGUAACAAUGGGCCCGGUACACCCCUGCACCAUCAUCACCACCAUCACCAGGGAGGGGGUGCGCACGGAGCACAUUCGGGGGCGCAUGGCGGCUCAUCUACACCAAGCUCGGCAUCGACAUCGGCCGCCGCGGCUAUGGGCGGACAUGGCUCCCAUACUCCGACGCCGGCGCAGCUCCAGCAUCUGCAGCGAAUCCAGGAGCGAAGCUUGGGCGCCAAGCGCAACUCGUGCACGAUUUCCUAAAUAUACCCAGGGAUAUCUAUCGCUCAUGGAAGCUCAACACACAUGCUCUCCUCAG